AAUUUGAGGUUAGAAUUUGUAUGAUGUGUCAAAAAUAUUGCUACAAAAACAUCGAUAGUGAUCGAUAGUAAUAAUGUUAAAUAGUGCCUUUUAAAUUUAUCUUCAAGGAAUAAUACUCCCUUUUGAAAUGGCGGUGGUAAUAGAGACGACUCUUGGUGACAUCACCGUGGAUUUGUACUUAGAACAACGUCCAGUGACAUGUCUCAACUUUCUGAAACUAUGCAAGAUGAAAUACUACAACUUCAACCUAUUUCACACAAUAAGAAGUGGAUUUAUAGCGCAGACUGGCGACCCUUCUGGCGAGGGGUCAGGCGGUGAGUCUAUUUUUGGUCUUUUGGAGGGUCCAGAGAAACGUUUCUUCUCCGGCGAGAAAAUGCCUAAAAUUCGUCAUACGAGCGCUGGAUUACUAUCAAUGGUGUGCACAGAUGAUAUGAUGGUAGGGUCGCAAUUUUUCCUCACUCUUGGCUCAGAAUUAGAUUCCUUAGACGGCAUACACUGUGUGAUUGGCGAGGUUACUGAGGGUCAUGAAGUUUUGCGUAAAUUAAACGAGGCAAUCUGUGAUGAGACUCAUAGACCUUACCAAGACGUGCGAAUUACUCACACAGUUGUAUUAGAAGAUCCAUUCAGUGAUCCUAAAGGAUUUCGUGCACCAUCCCGGUCACCUUCUCCUAGUGCGGAAAGGUUGAAAGGAGGCCGAAUAGCUCCUGACGAAGAGCUCGAUGAAACUGAAGGUAAAUCUGCUGCAGAAAUUCAAGAAAUUAUUGAAGAAAAAGAGGCUAAAGCUCGAGCUACCAUCUUGGAAAUUGUUGGUGACUUGCCUGAUGCCGACAUAGCUCCACCUGAAAAUGUACUGUUUGUAUGUAAACUAAAUCCAGUUACCACAGACGAGGAUUUAGAAAUCAUAUUUAGUAGAUUUGGUAAAAUUGAAAGCUGUGAAGUCAUUCGAGAUAAAAAGACUGGUGAUUCAUUGCAGUAUGCAUUUAUAGAGUUUUCUGACAAAAAGUCUUGUGAAGAUGCUUAUUUUAAAAUGGACAAUGUUUUAAUUGAUGACAGACGUAUACAUGUAGAUUUCUCACAGUCCGUUUCUAAAAUGAGGUGGCUUGGCAAAGGCAGAGGAGUGCAACAUUUUGAUGACGAAGAAGCUAAAGAUGACUCUUUUAGACAUAAAUCAAAAAAACAUGGAAAUGAAGAUUGGAACAGAGACAGAAAAGGUAAUCAUCAUAAUGAUAGAGAAAAGGACAAACAUAAAAGACAUGGAGAAGAAAGAAAACGCGAUAGAUCUCAUGAAAGGGAUUAUAACAGGAAAAACAGAGAUGGAGAUGGUAGAUCCAACAAUAGAGAAGCAACUAGCUCUAAAGAAAGGCAUAGUGACAAAAGGAACCAAAAACAUGACAGGGACUAUGAAAAAAAUAAUUAUGUAACUAGAACAAAAAUCCGUAGAGAAACAAGUAGUUCUGAAAGGCAAGAUGACGAAAGACAAAAACGUAAUAAAGAGCAUGAAAGAAAGAAUAGGGUGACAGAUGUAAAAAAACAAAAGAAUCAUCGAGAAAGAAGUAGUUCAAUAGAAGAUGUUGUUGAAGAAAGGCAAAGGCAUGAAAAAAAAGAUCAUGAUAAAAGCAAUAAAAAAGAAGAGGUGACAAAUAACAAAAAAUAUAAAGAAAAAGACAAUUCUCAACAAAGAACAAAUGAAGCAAGACAGAAAAAUGAUUGGUCCUCUGAAAGAACAAAUAAAGAAUAUGAUACAAGACAUGUGGAACAUGAGAGGAAGAAGGCAGAAAAGAAUCAGAGAGAAAGAAGUAGCUCAUAUGAAAGAGAAGAUACAAAAAGAGAAUCAAGUACAUUGAAAGAUAAAUCUAGGAAUAAAAAAGAAAGAUCUGUUGAUACAAUUCAUAAAAGUAGAGAGGAUAAAUAUACCUACCACAAUAAUCAUGAUACUAGUCCUGAAAUCUAUGAGCAAAAAGAAUAUGACAAUGUCAAAAGAAAUAAUUCACAAAGCAAUGAUAUCAAAGAUAGAGAAAAUGAUUAUAAUUCUCACAAGAUAAACAAAAGUAAAUCAAUGUCUAGAAAGAGGGAUCAUAGUAAUGAUAAAGGUGAUGAUAGAGCUUCCCAUAGGAAUGAAAAAAGUAGAGAUAGAUCCGAUAGCAAAGAUGAGCCUCAACACAAAGGUAAAAAACGACAACUAGAAGAAUCAAAAAACAAUAGCCAUAAGUCAAAAAAGAGCAGAAAAGAUGUUGAACCUCAAACUCCUCCUGUGGAUAAAAAGCAAAAACAUAGAUCAAAGAACAGUGAUAAAUCAAAGAAAGGUGACAAGGGAAAAAAUAUUUCGAAAAAAGACAAAAACAAAAGAAAACGCAAGGUGUCUACGUCAUCAGACUCCUCCUCAUCAGAAUCAAGUACUAGCUCCGAUUCUAGUUCUUCUAGUGAAUCGGAUAACAGAAAGAAAAGGUUGAGAAGAAAAAGGAAAGAUUCAUCAUCCUCUAGUAGUAGUGACUCUAGUGAUACUUCUUCUAGUUCUACCAGUAGUUCAGACUCCAGCAGUGACUCAACUAGUUCUAGUUCAGAUAGUGAAAAAGACAAAAGAAGAAAGAAAAAUGUCAAAAGGAAAGUUGUUAAGAAAAUUAAAAAGAAGUAGGUAGAUAUGUAUCAGUUUUAAUUUUUUGCUGUAACAAUGAGUGAAAUAAUUAUAUGUAGGUACUCUUUGUCUUUGUGAUGAUCAAAUUGCAAUAUUUUGUAUACUGUAAGCUAUGAGGAUCAUUUUUUCUUCAUUCAAGUUAAAAAUAAUGUCAGGAUUUACAUUAUUAGUUAGGGUUCGGCCAAACCAACGCGAUCAGCCGGCGUGCAGCGCGGCAGCGAUGACGACCAGACUUAAAUGCAUUGAUC